AUGGCGUUCUUCAAGAGCUUUGGGCAGAACCUACCAUCUGUAAACAUCUCCUCCAUCUUGGAUUCAGUCAGCAGCAGAGUGGACGACCUAGCCAGCGCCGUCAGUGAUGCCACCUACAGCGUCAGUGACCAGCUGACUGAGCUCAGCGACCAGGUCAUCAAGAAGGUGCAGACGGAGGAGGAGGAGGCUGCAGAAGCGGCAGAGGGGGGCCAGGACAGCAAGGAAGGAAAGGCCCAGGAAGGGAUAGCAGACUCAUUCAGGAGCAAAAUCAAGAGGCAGGCUUCUGAGGCCUGCUCAAGCUUGGCAGACUACAGCUCCAACCUCAGCCAAUCCAAUGACUCGAAGAAUAACCAAUCGAGUGACGUGACAGCAGAGGACUAUGUUCCAGCCCAAUUGGAAUGGGUGUGGAAAGAUGGAGGCUGGCGAGUGGAAGAGUCGAGAGCACCCCAAAAGAAAAACAAGGGGAAAGCUGAAGAGGAGGAAGAGAAUGAGAUGAGUCCCGAGGGAGAUGGAGAGACUGAACCUGCAAUGUCUCCCGCUUCUGAGAAAAAUAAGAAGAAGAGUGACAAGAAGAAAGAGAAAGGGAAAGGGAAGAGAGAGAGCAAGAAGACGAAUAAAGAGGAUAAAGAGCAGAGCUGCCCAGAGCUUGGCUCUGAGGACAGUGAAGAGGACAGACCAGGGGAACACUCUGAACCUUCAGCCCAGCACAGAGCCUCAGUCUGGGACAACCGACACAAACACACCAGCGACCACAGCAGUGAGGCCUCCGCCGGACAAGCCAACAGCAUCCAGCGGAUGAGACGAGGCUCUCCCCUCAAUGAGCUCCAGCCACCCCCGUAUCAGGACGAGAAUAGUCCGGUCCGGGUGUCUCGCUCGCAUUCUGGGGCGGGGGGCCUGGGGGAGUCGUCCCCAGACCGUAAUGGUACACAGCGCUCCAGUGAGGCCAGCGUUGACCCGGACACUGAGAGUUACCUCAACAAGGGCUACGAUGAGGAUGUACCUAGUGACAGCACUGCCGUCCUGGGACCAGAGGAUGGUUCAACCUCCCAUCUUCACGUGGGCUAUGAGCCCGAACCGCUGGCCAAGUAUGGCACGCUGGACGUGGCCUUCGAGUACGACUCGGGCGAGCAACGCCUUGCCGUCACUGUCACCGCAGCAACCGACAUCCCCGCACUCAAACAGACAGGGAACAUUGCGUGGCAGGUGCACCUGGUGCUGCUGCCCACUAAGAAGCAACGUGCCAAGACGGGGGUGCAGAGGGGGCCGUGCCCCAUGUUCACAGAGACCUUCGGCUUCACCCGGGUGGAGCAGGGGGCGCUGGCGGACCACGCCGUCAGGUUCCGUCUCUACAGCAUUAGGAGGAUGAAGAAGGAGAAGGUGCUGGGAGAGAAGGUGUUCUACUUGACCAAACUCAACCUGCAGGGCAAGAUGGCUCUGCCCGUUACACUGGAGCCUGGCACAGCACUAACGGGCUGUGGGUCGUUGGUGAGUGUGUCUCGCAGCGUGGCAGCUUUGUCCUACCGCUCUACAUGGGACUCCACACCAGAGAUCCUGCUGGGCCUCAUCUAUAACUCCACCACUGGCAGGCUCUCUGCAGAGGUCAUCCAGGGCAGACAGUUCAACAACACAGCCUCAGACAAACCUCCUAACGGUCUGUUUUGUUGUAUAAAACAGCUAAUAGGGGGACAACUUUAUAUCAUGAGAGACACCUAUGUGAAGCUGACCAUGCUGGACUCCAAGGGCAAGGAGAUGUCCAAGUGCAAGACGUCGGUGUGCCGCGGUCAGCCCAACCCCACUUACAAGGAGACCUUUGUCUUUCAGGUGGCCCUCUUCCAGCUGUCCGAGGUUUCCCUGGUGGUGUCGGUGUACAGCCGAAGGAGCAGCAUGAAGGCCAGGGAGAAGGUGGGCUGGCUGUCCCUGGGGCUCAACAGCACUGGAGAGGAGCAGCAGGCACAUUGGAGCCAGAUGAAGGAGGCCGAGGGACAGCAGGUGUGCCAUUGGCACACGCUCUUGGAAUCUUGAACAGGUCUUGAUGAGAAUCACCAGAUUUGAUCUUGUUGACAAAGAAUAAGCUGUAUAAAUAUAUGUGAAAUUAAAUGGUUAAAUAGGAGGAGGAAUACGUUGGAGGAAGAGGAAGAUUGCGGGGUAUGUUGACCUCAGUGUCGAGAGAGAGAAUGGGUUCCAUGACCUUCAUUCAGAGAAGCAGACGAGGAGCUGUGAGGAACCAUCCACCUAUACUAUGCACCUGGUGUGGGAUGUGUGUGAGGGUGCCCUGGUGUGGGAUGUGUGUGAGGGUGCCCUGGUGUGGGAUGUGUGUGAGGGUGCCCUGGUGUGGGAUGUGUGUGAGGGUGCCCUGGUGUGGGAUGUGUGUGAGGGUGCCCUGGUGUGGGAUGUGUGUGAGGGUGCAGCGCUUUGAGAAGCACGUGGAUUCCACUUGGAGUCUCCCGUUCACUGACAGCUGCUUUACUACUCUUUAAUCGGUAAACGGUAAACCAGCCACUUAAUCUGAGACAGACUGGUCUGGUUGACAGACUGACUGGUGCUAAACUCCCAGCUCCAGUCAUUGUCGAUGGGGUCAUCAAAGUCAGACUCAUCUUUGUAAUAACAGCUGAUAGACCUCAACGGUGAAAUGGACACCUCUGGCCAUGAAAUGGACCAUUCAGUCUCAGAUUGAGAACAAUUUUGUGUCAUUCAUUUCCCAUAUUCUGGUCCACAAUAGUAUAUCUUCAUGUAAUUGUUUACAGAAGAUGAUCAAAAUACGACCAUACAUAUCUCCUACAAUGGACCAUUUUCAUCCUGAACCGAGGACCAAAGAGUGUGGAGAAGAACAACGACUACAACAAACCAUUCUUCCGGGGUUGUACUGACCAUAUAAAGAGAAUGACUAGAAGGGACUAAGCCCCUGAGACCAUGGCAAUUUGACUGGAACACUCACGGGUUCACUCAAUAUGGCUGACAUUUCUAUGGUACUGUCCUCAAAUGACACCAGCAUAUCAGACAUUUCUCAUCUGAAGCUCGCAGCCAUCGACAACGAGGAUGAUGAAAUGGAAUACUGUUACCGUGACUGUUAGAGCCAGCUGGGCCUGUAACAGUCUGCAACAACUACAGUGCCUAGAAAAAGUCUACAACCCCUUUGGAUUUCUUAAAAUGUUAUUGUGUCACAAAGUGGUAUUAAAAUGGAUUUUAUUCAAAUGUUUUGGUCAACGAUCUACACAAAAUACGAUGAAAAUGUCAAAAUGUAUUAUUAUUAUUAUUUUUUCGAUUAAUGAAGAAAAAAAAUGCAAUACUUGACUAAGGAACCUUCUAUAUAUUGUACUGUAUGUAUGGGGGACAGAGGAAGGGGUAGUCAUUCAAAAAAUCCUGUC